AUGUGCGAGGAGGCAGGAGGCACAAUGCCCCUGGAGCCCUCUUGCGUCUCUAAAGUUGCUCUGAAGAUGCCUGGCAACAGCAGGUGUGUUGACAAUGGGAUUGUUCAGCUUCUACAAAGGGCAACACAAUUUGUCCCAAAGGAUGAUGAGGGCACGGGUUCUCUCCCAAGAGGCACUCAUCUCCCGCCAGAGCUCACCAGCCUUUUUGGUCAGCUCAGUGAUGGAGAUGCCAGGGUUCUCCUCCUUAAUGCGAUCCCGGCUUGCAUUGAGCCAACGGAAGGGCAAGAGACGUUCCCGUUGAACGAAAGGCAACACGAGGUCCAUGGCGAAGACUGUGAGAUAUACGAGGAGACCAAGAACGAGGAAGAGGGCCUUUCGGAAGUGGCCCAGCGCGUCGCAUUCCUGUCCAGACCCAAAAAGCAGACGUUCCUCGAACGUCUUCUUUGUCUUGCACGCUCUCUCUGCAUAUGGAGGACGGCUGUUUCACGUGGAAAACUUUUCGAGAAAAAUAAGUAA